AUGGAGCUUCGCUCCGGAGGACCGCCGCCGCCUCCUCGAGGGAAACGAAUAGCGCCAGCCUACCACGACGAUCGCUCGGAGCCAUCUGCAGGAGCCGGGUAUCACGUGCCUCGAAGGCUUGGAGAGCGCGAGCUAGACAGGAACCAGGACAUAAUAGAGGAAACUGCAUCGUACGCCACGCCCGCACCUCGUAAUAUUUUGGUGAGUUCGAUCGACAUGCAAAGUCAAGUCGAAGUCCAACGACGCUAG